CGAAGACUAGCCGCAAAAUUGAUUGAGGAUUUCCACAGUGGGGAGUUAACUUUGGAACUUAUAACAGAGUUAAUUCCAGAAGACCUUAGAAAGGAAUAUAAUGAGACUUACGUUCAAGUGACGCUAACUAUAGAUGGCGAGCUGGUGCAACAGUGUCUGUCUCAGGAUCAAGGGGUACAGGACCAAGAUGAUGGUUCAUCAGACAAGGAUGGUGGAGCAUCAGCAUCUACGAUCGAUCAAAAAUUGACUUGUAUUAGUACUAAUCUGGAAAAACUAAGCCUAUCGAAAGUUAAGAUAAAAGGGCAGCUUGAAGAGACGAGAGAUAAAGAUGACACGACUAAAGAUGUAGCAGUAAGAGAGGCAACUGAUGUCGAAACAUCUGAAAUCCCUUCAAAGAAUCAAAGCAAAGAUGAAGCAGUGUUAAAUGCUGACGGGAAAAGAACGUCUCAGUGGCAGAAUAUUAAAGCAAUUGAUAUAGCAGGUGAAGACAUGUAUGGCGACCAACUAGAGGGAGCAGUAGGUGGCUUUAGACCGGAUGUUGCAG